AGAAGAUGUGGAGUUAGACAUGGACGGACAGGACAGGCGGACUGUGUACAUCGGAGGGCUGUUUGCCCUAAGCGGGUCCUCGUACGCUUCGAAGGGCUUCUCUGAACUGGCUGCAGCCCGUCUAGCUAUCAAACAUGUGAACGAAGCCAAGAUGAUCCCAGGCAUCAAGCUCAAGAUGUUUUGCAACAAUACUCAGUGCGACUCUGGCGUGGGAAUAGACGCGUUUUUUGACAUGAUCUACCGGGAAACCGGCAUGGCCAUGCUGCUAGGGGCUCACUGCUCGUCUGUGUCCAAGUCUCUUGCCCAGGUAGUUCCGCUCUGGAAUCUGGUCAUGGUCUCGUACGCAUCAACAUCACCCGCCUUGAGUGACCGAAAGUUGUUCCCGACCUUCUUCCGGACUGAAGCACCGGACUCUUCCCACAAUGCAGCACGUCGUGCCUUCAUCCAGUACUUUGAUUGGCAGAAUGUGGCAGUUCUGUACCAGGACCAAGAGAUGUUUUCAUUUUCUGUUGACGCCAUGGUCCAAGACUUCGAAGAUGCAAACAUCUCACUGAUCUCCACAGAGAGCUUCUCCGAUGACCCCUCUGAGCAGAUGAACAAUUUGAAGGAAAGAGACGCUCGCAUAAUCAUCGGCAGUUUUGAAGAGGGUAUGGCCAGAACUGUGUUCUGUAAGGCCUUCCAGCUCGGCAUGUAUGGAAGGAAGUACGUGUGGAUCCUGUUGGGAUGGUAUCGGACAGGAUGGUGGCUAUCGGGGAGCGAGACGGUGUGCUCGGCGGAGCAACUGUCCAUGGCCACCGAAGGAUACUUCUCGGUAGACACGCUAGAUACCGUCGACAAGAAGCGAACCCUGCCGAGUGGAGUCACUGUGCAAGAAGUCUACAAAGAACUUGGCAACCUCGGUUUGUCCAAGAGUGGCGGCCACGUUGAAAACUCCUACGAUGCAGUCCUGGCAAUAGCACUGACUUUGGCCGAGGCACAGAAACAGCUAACAGCCCAGACAGUCAGCGGUGACGGCGGACUGGAGUAUUGGAGGCAAAAUGAAACUGACCAUCCACUGCCGAACAGCACCCUGGGAGACGAAAUGCCUGAUGGGAAAGGAACGUCGGGAGUGGUCGACUUCGACUACCAAGACAGUGACAUGAGUCAGAUGUUUCAAGACAUCAUGUCGUCACUGAAAUUUACCGGACUUUCGGGUCCGGUGUCGUUUCUCGAAGGAGAUAGAGUGGGUCCAUCUGUCUUCUACCAGAAUCAAGAUGGAGCCAUGAGGAAAGUGGCGGUGCACUACAAUGAACAGGACAACUUAGAUCUUCACGCCGAAGGCUGCUUUCCUGUCGUUUGGCAAGGCUACUCUGUACCGGCUGACAAAGUAACCAUUGUGGCGAAGUUUGUGUACAUUGAUAGCAACGCCCUCUAUAUAGUGGGAGUCAUCAGCAUUACUGCAGUCGUCAUGGCGAUUAACUUCCUGAUAUUCAACAUUAGACAUCGAAAUAUGAAAUACAUCAAGUUGUCCAGCCCAAAGUUGAACAAUGUGAUAGUGAUCGGCUGUAUCCUGGUGUACUGUGGAGUCAUCCUGUGGGGAGCGGACGGCAGCCAUGUUCCCGCCGACGCCUUCCCCUUGCUCUGUACGGCACGUGCCUUUCUCUUCUCAUCCGGGUUCUCUCUGGCCUUCGGCGCCAUGUUUGCAAAGACUUACCGUGUUCACAAGGUGGCUAUCAAGCUCACGUUUGUCAUCGGGAACAAGAUGUUACGUGACGGAAGGCUGUUGUUGUUCGUCGGGGCGCUGUUCCUACUGGACGGUAUAGUCAUUCUGGCCUGGGUGCUGCUGGACCCCAUGAACCGCCAGGUGGAGCUGCUGCCACUUGAGGCAUCUCCGUACAGUGAAAAUGUGAUGGUCCUGCCUAAAGUAGAACACUGUUACUCCACACACAUGGACAAGUGGCUGGCCGCUAUCUACAUCUACAAGGGACUGCUACUCACUAUCGGGGUGUUCUUAGCAUGGGAGACUAGGAAGGUACGAAUAAUGGUCAUGAACGAUUCCCGCCACAUUGUCCUCAACAUCUACAACGUGGUGGUGAUGAGCGUCAUUCUGGUUGCCAUUAGCAACGUGGCUGCCAUGGGACAGACGAUGACGUACGUCAUCAUGUCGUCAUCGGUUCUUUCGUCUACCACCCUUGCUCUGUGCGUGCUGUUUGUGCCCAAGAUGAUGGCGUUACGUAGACACCCAGAGCGGGACCCGAUAGACGAGGCGGCGGGACUACAGAUGAUGGGACGGUCCCGCAGGCUCACGGUCACCGACGAGAAGGAAGUUCUCUUCCGGGCAGAGAUACUCAACCGCGUCUUCAAACAGGAAGUCAGACAGCUGGAUUCCAUGAUAAAGAAGCUGGAAAAGGCCAUAAAGAAUCCUUCCAAAAUGGACAGCUUCGACAUCGAGGUACUUCUGGAAGAGCCACAGAGCCACAAAAGGCCAACCCCAGAUUCGCCACCUCUGCUUGACUUCAAACCACGAGAGAAGUCAACUGUAAAAAGAGCUGUGUCCUUUUCGGGUGAUUUGGUUGAUAAACACUCUGGUGUGGUUAUCGACGCGGUGUCAGUGACGUCACUCUCUGGGAGAACCAACUUCACCGAAUGUUCCGACAGCGAAUCGGACGGCUUGGUUCAGUCUGAUCUCGCGCAGGCGCAGUGCGGUAACACCGCCACGGAGAAAGAUGGCGUCAUGAAGAUUUUGAGAACUAAUUAUAAUAAGCACAAAUUUACUGUAGAACCACCUAUCUACAGUGCUAUUUAUUCUAGCACAAACCGGGCUGAAAGAUUCCAGGAGGACUCUAAAAACGGCAAAGCUACAGAACUUAACUCCAUCUGCAAAAGAAUGCGUCUUUCUGAACCCAUUUUAAACAUCGAUGAUAGCAAUUGUCCAUACUUCUUAGAAUUUAGGGGUGGUAGAACGAAAUCCAGGAAAAGGUAUUGGGCUGACAGUCACUUUUGCCCAGAGGCCAGUUGUGGCAAAUUACACAAGAAAGCUUUGUCAGAAAAUUUCGUUAUAACCUAGGGCGUACAUAUUGUGAUGAGAAUUGCGUAAUAAUGAUUUGGUAUUCAUCUUUGAUGGAUAUUGUUUAAUGUGUGAAUAACAAACUAGACAAAGUCAUAUUGACGAAUUGUAUUCUUUACAGCGUCCACAAUGUGGAACAAUGGGUAGAAUAAAAAAAUAGUCUACUUCUAACAAAAUGAUCAACAAUAUUCUUAGGGUUAGCAUAUAGAUCUAUAGACCAACAACACACAUCACAUCCUUCCUACUACAUAUAUUGGCACGGUCUUCUGUUUCGAAAGUGAUCAUUUGUUUUUCCUUCCACGUAAACUACCCCACCACGACUACGACCGAAAAGGACAAGAAUCGGUCAACCAUAAAAUCGCGUUUUGUCAUUCAAAAUCCACUACUCCGUUCCUCCAAAUAUCAACAUUGCGGUUCACGUUGCCUAGGAUACGGAAUUUCUAUAUAUAGAUUCAGUUGUACGAAAAUUCCUUAUAUAACUGUAUCCUUUCUAAUUUUUGAUAACAGUAUAAAGGAUAUAACAGUCAGAAUAU